AUGCAUGUCAGCAUUGUAUACCAAGAUACAAACCAUGUCUUCUUGGUUUCCCAGGUCCUAGCAAUGUGUCUGCUUGCAGAAGGUCAGCAGCUGUACCUGCACUGGAGUCACAAGAUUGGGACUUUUCUUGUCCUGGGCUUCUCUGUCGCAGCCCUCUUUAUAUUUUCUGUGCUGUGGGGAGAUCAAUGGAAAACUGUCCGCCUGUCAUUCCAGAUCACUGCUCCCUAUCUCCACAUAGGGGCAAUAACCGUCAUGGUCCUCCUGUCCUGGCCCGUGGCUCUGCAUGCCAUCAGAGCAGAUAAGAAAGUUGUUCAGGUGAUAAUUGUUGGUCCAUACCUGGCUAUCCUUCUCUUUCUUUUCUUGAUACCUCUGGGGAUGUACUCACCUUGCAUCAGAGAGGUGGGGACACUUGGACCAAAGCCAGCCCUCAUUGGGCACCGUGGAGCACCAAUGCUGGCACCAGAAAACACUGAGAUGUCAUUUCAGAAGACCAUUGAACAUGGUGGAGAUGGUCUUGAAACAGAUGUAACCAUUAGCUAUGAUGGGGUUGCUUUUCUCAUGCACGACAGCACCUUGAAAAGGACAACCAACAUUGGGGAGGUCUACCCCAAUGAGACUACCCAAAAUGCAGCAUUUUUCUCCUGGGACACCCUGAAGGAGCUGAACGCUGGGACAUGGUUUUUUAAGGACAAACCAUUUUCAUGCAUGGGCUCACUGUCAAGGGCAGAUCAAAACCAGGCAAUGAAUCAGUCAAUUUACAAGCUAAGUAAUUUCUUGCGCCUCGCAGACAGUCAGAAUAAACUUGUGAUAUUUGAUCUCUACCGCCCUCCAGAGACCCAUCCUUACAGGAAUUCCUGGAUCAACAGAACCCUGGAAGUCAUCCUCAAUGAAUCGGGGAUUAAACCUCAUCUGGUCCUAUGGCUGGAGAACGACAUGAGGUCCUUUGUUCAGUCCGUUGCUCCUGGGUUUCAGCAGACAAUGGGCAGUAAGGCCCCAGUUGAAGACCUACUGAUGGACAAUGUUGUCAAACUCAAUCUGGCCUACACUGAAAUGUCCAGUGAAGAUAUUCAGAAAUAUGCUGAGGCGAAUAUCACCACCAACCUCUAUGUGAUCAACGAGCCAUGGCUCUUCUCCUUGGCGUGGUGCUCUGGGGCUCACUCUGUGACCACCAACACUGUCCAUGUGCUGAAGAACCUCAGCCAGCCACUCUUCCUUAUGACUCCACAGCAGUACAACAUCAUGUGGAUCUUGACGGAUGUGACCUCCAUGCUCCUCAUCUCACUCAUCUUUGCUCUGCAUUGGUGGCGGGAGCGGAGUUUCUCCUGCUGUGCCCAUGACGGUGGUACAAUAAUGGAGAGUGGCACCUACAACAAGUUCAGGACAGAGCUCGGCGACAUGCCUGCAGUUGUGGCCUGACAGAGACGAGGAGACAGAGACCUGCUAUCUCACCUGACUGGAGAGCGGAGC